ACAUAUAAUUGCUUUAACUGAAAGGUACUAUAUGCCCUAAAAAAUUUAGUUGCUGAGCAGUUGGCACUUGAGCUUCUGGAACUGAACUGAGCCAUGGCCGAGAGCAAACCAAAGUCGAAGCGCGCUACGCGACGCUAUCAGCUAAUCGAUUUGCCCAAAUAUGUGCAGCAGCCCUUGAAGCUCCAGCCCUUGAAGCUGCUCCAGCCGCAGCAGCAGCAGCAACAGUCGCAGCAGCCGCUGCGUCGACCCAAGUCCGAAAUUGUGCGCGAGCUGCGACGUUUGCGCUCGACGCCAAUACGUUUGGACGAUGAGGAGCCAGCGGCGACGACGCUGUUGGCGCCAGCAGCAGCAGCAGCAGCAGCGCGUCCGCUGCGCAGCCUGGAGCAGCUGCAGGCGCUGCACCUGACGCGUCAUCGCCUGGAGCAGCUGCUGGGCUCCAGUGCAUUCGAGCAGACGGCGCUCAACUGUUUCGUUCGCCUCAACAUAAAUCCGGGCGAUGUGCCCGCCGAGCAUCGCAUAGCCGAAAUCGUUGGCAUUGUUCACCUGCCCGAGGGCUACUAUGUGGGCAAGCUGCCCACCAAUAUUGCGCUCCAGCUGCGCUACGAGGACGUUGUGCUCCAGCACGAGUUCAAUGUCAUCUCGAACAUGGCCUUUACUCCCGAUGAGUUUGCCUAUUGGCGCGACAAUUGCGUUUGCCAGGCCAUCGAGCUGCCCACCACGGAGCUGCUCGCACGCAAGAAGCUCGAGCUGUAUAAUGCGCUCAAUGGCGAAUUGCGCGCCGCCUCGAUUCUGCUCAAGACCAAUAGCCGCAUACCCACGGCUCUGCCCAUGCGCCCAGUGCCGCGUGUUAGUUUACUCGAGCGUUUUGGCGGCGUCUAUCCCUGGAAAUUACAACGUCCGCCGCCCAUUGUGCAGUCAGAUGAUGCAGCGCCGUCCAGCGAGCCAGCAGCUGCUGCUGCUGCUGCUGCUGCUGAGCUGGAGGCCAUCAAUGAGCAGCUGGAGGCGCAACGCUCAGAGACUGCACUGCCGCCGCCUGCAAAUAGCGCAGAAUGAAGAAGCAGAGCUAGAAUUUUUAGUUUAUUUUCAUUUGCUGGCUAAAUUCUGAAACAUGUCCGUACCCAGUUCCAGUUCCGGUUGCUAUUUUAAUGUAAAUUAAGCGAGCAAAUGCAUUAAAGUUCGAAAUAAUUAUGCGUUAUUUCAAUUUCCA